AUUUUAGUGACCUGCUGCCUGCUACCCGCCACCCAACGUGUAGUAUCGAAGAUGAUCAUCUACAUCAAUAUGACAGUCAUGCUGCCCCAUCAUAUGACAGCACAGUCGCUACCAAUGCGGACCAUCGUGUGACGGAGACCGGAAUGGCAAACUCAUACACCACAAGGAACGGCCGCACCGCCAAACGAGGAGCCUUCCUCGACGGUAUCUGGCAUUGCGAUUGUGAGCCUCGGCUGCCAGCAGACAAGUUUCAGGUGAAAAAUGGCGGCAAAAACCAUGGAAGAUGGUUCUACACUUGCCAAAAGCCGCAGCACAAACGGUGCAAGUUCUUCCUAUGGAACGAUGAUGCCAAAGUCCGCGAAGAAGCUGCAGUCCUCAGCAAUUCUCGAACAGAGCCCAAUGCGCCCGCUCCCCUCACACCUCAGAAGAGAGACCUAAACGCUCUACCUCCUACACCGCAAACGAAAAACGACAUCGUUGACAGACAGGGCACGAAAGAGCCUGCGAACGUCAAACAUGAAGAGAGCUUUGAUUGGUCGUCCAGUAAUGAUGAAGAAUUGCUGAAGGCUGAGCAAGACAUAUUGGGGAAGACGCCCUUCCAAACUCCCACGAAAGCUCCUCGCACAGAGAGGCUGACAUCGCCUGGCAAGAGGAAGUUUGUUCAGACCGCUGCGCAGUCCGUCACUGCUGACGAAACAUGGCCUCUCAGCGACGAUGUCUUCACUACUCCAAGCACAACCCAUAAAUCUAUGGGUAGUGGUCUGCUGUCACCGUUCAGUACCCCAGCUAAUAGAGCUAGCCUGCAUAUUUCGCGCGAAGCAGAUCCCUCCACGCUUGCUUCUGAAGCGCUCGAUAUAUUGAGAGGCACAUCGAUCAGUCCGGAGGUCGAGAGGGAAUUAGUGGAUCUCCUUAACAGGCACGACCUGCGCACUCAAGGCAUCAUCAAGGGCCGAGACAUCACUCGUUUGGCUGUUCAGGCCAAGGAUAAGAGGAUCGCAGAGCUGCAGGCUCGAAUCUCAGCACUUGAAGCGGAAAAGGAAACAAACAAGAGAGUCAUAUCACACCUGAAACAUGACAUCGCUGCCUCUCCGAAGAAGGGUAAAGGGAGGAGUGCACCUCGCAGACAACAAGCAGAAGCCUGAGCAUUUGACGAAGCAAAAGCAAUAUACUCGUACCCCAACGAGCGGACAUCUCUCUUGAGGUCUAGCGUCAGGUUCUCUCAUGCCGUUCAACGGCGACAAGGUCACACCACACAACAUGCAUGUCAGGCUUCGGGCCGCACAACGGUCUUACCGCCCUGUGGAACAUAGAAAACUAUGUCAGGUUCCGUGUGAUGGGGCUAUUGAUUGGACGAUGACGAAAGACGGCAUCCAACCCUUUUCUGAUUCUGGGCUGGACGAACACUUGGGUCCUUUACUACCGAGACCCUUCACACACAUGUCAAUACUAUCCUCGAAGCAGUACUAGGUUCACUCCCUCAGGAACGCGUAGAGCGUCAUUCGCCGCAGUCGCCAUCUCGAUCCGAGCAAGGGUGAUGAAAGUUACUCAGUGAUACUGAGAAGUUGUUGAUUACGCCUCCCACCAAUCUGGAAGACGGUAAUCUCAAUCACGGAUUCGAAGACUCGGAAGACGGACCUUCGGCACAACCCUGCGAAUAGUCAGGGUCUGCUAUAUAAGAUGGAAAUUUUGGGCGCGCUCGUUCGCCGACAAACCACAACAGAAGCGCUGCACACGCAUACGGCUCCGCCAUCCUUCGUCGGCCACAGCUUUACGACGCGAAUGUUGCAGAGUCUGUCCUUCCGAUCUGGCGUCUCUUUCGAACAAUGAAAUUCCUGGAAGGCACUGUUUCUUGGAGAUGCCCAUCGAGACAGUUCAGUAUGGGACUUUUGAUCGAGCUCAAUAAUCAGUCGGCCACUACCCUAGCCCUUGCUUUCUACCACGCGAGACGGCACGGCAGUUGACAUUGUAGACGCCGCCAUUUCGCUUAAGUCAAAGAUGCAUCCAAGCGAUCACCGCCCGCUGAGGAUUCGGCUUCCGGAUUGAGAAGUGGCAUCUCUCCUCUGCAUAAUCCUUGGGACCCAGUGUUGGAGAGGCGGCCAAGGGCAUUUUGCCUUGAUAGAUGUUUCAGCAACGUAUCGCCUUCGGCCUGUAUUCCCUUUCCUGGGACGUAGUCGCUCAUUCUCGUUCCGCCGCCUUGAAGGGCUGGAGCGCACCACUCAUGCAUGCAGUAUUGCGAACUUGGUCUCCAAACUGCCUGCUUUCGCCUAAGUGGGCAAGUGUGACACCAGCCUCUGUACUACUCACUUUCGCAUUCAAUAGUAGCAGCCUUACGUGUCGAUAUAUGAGGCAGUGCCGCGCCGCUAAGGCUCACUGGAACCGGUUGACGAUGUAUGAUGGUGAUCUUCUGAAGUGUCCACAGCCCUCUGCUUGCACAUGCUCGUUGUUUCCUUGUCGGCCGAAUUGAGAAUCUGACCUGAAGGACACUACGGGGGUCUCAAGGCCACAGGAAGGAAAGCGAAGCAGGACAGCUGCCGCGCCCUCGGGGAGCCCGUUUCCCUUUGGAUGCCUUGCACCAUUUGGUCUAGCCGAAAGCUCGCAUCUGGCACGCUGGGUGAAUGCGUACAAUCACAUCAAUGAUUGCGCACAUCUGCCCGAUUGAAAGCGG